AUGAGAAGUGGCCAAAGACGUGAAUCACAAAAACAUUAUAAGCAGUUGUCAUUUCCUCGGCCGUAUUUUCAAGAAAGAGAAACAAUUAGCAAUAUAAGUGCUCAAAGUGAAGAUAGUACAUUAGAUACGGAUUUAAACAGUGGUUCUCCACACUCUGCACAGUCUCCAUCAGUUUUGAGGGACGAAGAAGUGAUAAUAUCUAUUCCAUCGCCAGUUCAUACAUCCCAUCGAACAGGAUCACUUUCACCAGCUCAGGAAACAACUGACAAACCAAAGUCUACUGCUGCUACUUUGUUGGAGUAUGUAUUAAAGAAAAAUCAAAAUAACACUACAGAGGAAAAUCCAAUUGACAAGUUUCAAUCUUACACCGUAUUACCAAAACUUAGCUAA